UGGUUUAUCUUGCGUAGUUUGGUAACCAGCCGAACUGUGGCGUUUCUGGCUCAGUCGGCGCUCCGCCCCAGCUUAUUUCUGCUAAUGUGGCGCUGAACAGUAAACUUACUGCCCGCAGUGCGCAGCGCCAUUUGUUCCGUAGUCUGCGCUUGUUUUCCCCCUUUGCUCUCUUGGUUAGCCGCUUAACCAGUGCAGUUAGCUUCACCCGACCGGCGGCUACGUCGUCGCAACUUUCGUUUGCCGCGUCGUCGAUUAUGCUAUGCUAAGCUAGCAAACUCUCCAAAUACAUGAAUCGGGUGCAUCUUUCGCUAAAUUAUGCGAGUGUUUUGGAGGAAUGUGGGGAAGAAUUGUCACCACAUCGGAGUUGGAUGCUAUAAUCACCAAAGAAGUUGAAGAGAAGCUAGACAGGAACCCUGCACAAGAGGAGGACAUACUGUUGAUGGAAGCAGGGAGGACGAAACCGACACAGAGAGAAAAGAAGCUGGUUUGAAGUGCCAUCUAACGGGUCCAUUGCGACUGUCACCCAGUUCUCCUGCCUGCACAGCGGCUCCCUCCUUGCGACUAGCGCCGCCAGCGAUGCCAAGCGUGCCCCGCCCGGCUUUCCGCCGUGUCUCUGUCAUCGCCGCCGCCGUGAACGGGGACAGCUGCUGAACACGGAUAGCCUGUCCUGCCAGACUCGCCGGUGCCCUGGCAACCCGGGCACGGCUCUCUUCUGGUCAGUUGGGGGGCGUACCUCCGGCCACCGAGGUCCCUGACCCCACCCUCUCAAAGAACCUCCUGGACACAGGCAUGGCACCUAUCCGAGACUCAGUGAGCCACUCCCCAAACCAGACAGAUGUGACUCACAGCAGCCUGGGCACCCAGUAUGAGAAUCACCUGUGGAACUCUGGCUCCCCAGGAAGCGAUUCUGACGUCCCCUGGGGCGGUGGCGUCAUCGUAGGCGGGUGUGACAGAGAGGUCUGGCCCUCGAUCCACAGCGGCAACACAGAUCUAGCCUCGGAGUGUGUUGAUGGCGACUCCGCCUCCAGCUCGGGCUCAGAGAAGAAUCUCCGGGCGACUGUUGCCAAGGGCAAUGGCAGCGAUGGAAAACAGGCCCACGGGCCCGGCUCUCAUUUCACAGUGGCAAAUGGCAGCGACUAUGCUGGCAAUGGAGGCCUGGGGGGAACUUGGGGUGUGACACACAGCCCUGCCGUGGGUGUGUGCGAGGGCCCUGUGGAGGCCUUAGCCAGCGAAGGCGCUCUGAACGCAAACGCCUCCUGGUCAAUCUCGCAGAGUGCUGGGCUGAUGGGUGCCACACAAGCAGACCCCUCAGUCUGGGGGGGGGUGCUCCAGGAAGACUGCUCUGAGCCUGCAGCCACUGGUGCCACUGGUGGGCAAACUCAAAACCUUAACACUGAAAAAAACGGACCAAACAACACUACUAACGGCGUGACCUCCAGUUUACCAAACUCUACUGGUUCGUUGGAAAUGGACGAACCCUCCACGUGGCACACGGGUGCCGGGGUCGACUCCGCCCAAUUCCGGACCUCCUCCAUUGUCCCCGGAAACAGCAAGGGAGGAAACGGCGGAUCUCAUGCUGUAGUGUGGGCAGCGCAGACAGGCACUACCUACUCGAGUGACAAAUCUUCUGUCCUGGAAGACCCAGCUGCGUCUGACACUGUGAAUGCGAGCCUGGCUCACCCCGCAGCUCACGGUGCUGCCUCCUUUGGUAAUUGUGACGACGACAGCGAUUCCAGGGCUCAGAAUGGAGCGUGGGACUCUGGCCCCAGGGCCUCACAGACCAUGACCUGGAGCACUGGUGGCAGCGUUGGGCCUGCAACAGCCCCUCGUCCCUGGGAGAGUACAUCCUCCUCUUCCUCAUCUUCGUCUUCCUCGUCCAACGCUGGAGCCAGGGUCUCGAACGGGGAAUGGACAUCCAUGCCCGGUGGUAGACAGCGGCACCACACCGACAGUGCAGACAAGAAGGGAACAGGCGGCUGGAAGUCCCUUGAGGAUGACGCCCUCGGUGCCGUGGGGCAGCAGGGUCACGGCACCUGGUCCCGACCAGCAGGGGGCAGCGAAGGCAGUGCUGACAGUAGCACUGGCAGCCAUGGGGACCGAGAAAAGGAUGCUCAUCAUGGCAACGGUCGCAAAAAAACAAACCACACUUCAGGGUUGGUGCAGAAUAUGAUGUCACAGGCUGACAUUGAUCCCCGGGUCCUGUCUAACAAUGGCUGGGGUCAAACACCAGUCCAGCAGAACACCACCUGGGAUACGGCCAUCACCUCUAACAAAAAGCCAGAUGCUGGCACGGGGAGCUGGGGGGCUGCCCCCACCCCUAGCAGCAGCAGCUCGACAGCCACAACUAGAUGGGAGGAUCUGAAAUCUGCCUCGGGAUGGGGGGGUGCCAAAGGUCUGAGUGGACAGGACAGUUGGGAAGAUGGUUCAGCCAGAAAUGGCCAGUCAUCAGGCUUGAGCAAGGAGGACAAGUCUUGGUGUGGUACUCAGAAGAUGAAGCAAGGCUGGUCAUCUGGACCCGAGGGGUGGGGUGGGGAGAGCUCUCAGAUGAAUCACUGGGUGGAGCCCCAGAAAUCAGGAUCUGGCAGCUGGGACAGCGACAGUGACCGUUCAGGCUCUGGAUGGAGUGAGUCGGGCCAUCGCAGCAAUCGAUCAGGCAGUGCCCACUUCAAGAACGAUGGUCCAACAGGCUGGGGAGAGCCUUCCAAGCAAGGCGAGCAGAAUCGGGGCUGGGGUGAACCCACCAAGCAAAACAACCAGAACCAGGGCUGGGGUGAACCCACCAAGCAGAACAACCAGAACCAGAGCUGGGGUGAACCCACCAAGCAGUGUGAGCAGAACCGGGGAUGGGAUGAACCCGCUAAACAGAACAACCAGUGCUGGGGGGAGCCCAGCAAGCAGGGCGACCCAAACCGAGGUUGGGGUGAGCCACCCAAACAGAACGACCAGAACCAGGGCUGGAGUGAGCCCCCCAAGCAGACUGACCAGGGCUGGGCUGAGUCAGGAAGCACUGGCACAAUUCGACGUAAAGGUAUUGAGAACAGUAAGAGAAACCAGUCCACCUCUGGCUGGGGAGGUGAUUCCACCUCACAUGGCUCUCCAGACUGGAACAAGAUGCAGGAACCUGCGUCCGGCCCAUCUGGGGCUCCUGGCAACAACAAACCCUCUGGGUGGCUUGGUGGGCCGAUUCCAGCACCAUCUAAGGGGGAAGGGCCAACAGGCUGGGAGGAGCCUUCCCCUGAGUCCAUCCGUCGGAAGAUGGCGAUCGACGACGGCACUUCGGCCUGGGGUGACCCCAGCAAGUACAAUUCCAGCAGCGUCAACUUGUGGAGUUCCGGUGGCGGAGGUGACACAGGGGGUGACACAGGGACUCCCACAGGGACUCCCACAACUCCACAGCAGGCCCCGGCGCCUCCCAGCUCCUUCUCUGCGAAAGACAAGACCUUCAGUUCAGGGUGGGGAGAGCCGUACGAAAGGACACCGAAAUGUGAAUCAUCUUGGGCCGAGCCUCCCACUGGUCCCCCAGUCUCAGUAGACAAUGGCACAGCAGCCUGGGGCAAGCCAGCGGACACUGGGUCGAGUUGGGAGGAGUCCGCUGGAGGUCCUAGCAGCAGCUGGGGGCAGCAGUCACAGCACAAAUCUGUGCCCAAACCUAUGCAAGACUGCUGGGUUGCUGAGCAGGGGCCUGCGACGAGUCACCCGGCCUGGGAGGACAAGGGCCACGUGGAGAUCGGGAUGUGGAACAACGCCUCCCAGGAGACUAACCAGUCUGGGAACUGGUCUUAUAUGAAGAAGGCCCCUCCAAAGUUUAACAAGGUGGCCAACAAGACAGACGACACUUGGAUGAACCAGAUGGCAAAGCAGUUUGGCAGCAUUAAUUUCCCUAGAGACAGUCCUGAAGAAGCCCUCCCUAGCAAUAAGAUGGAAGUACCUGGAGGGACAAUGAUGGACAAGCGAGCAGAUGCUACGGAGUACAGCGGCAUGAUGGGAAGAGGAGCUGGCUCACGACAUCAAGUGAACAAGGAGCCCUCAACAGACCGCGGACCUUACUUUGACAAGAAUGUCGGGCCUGCGUUCGGGGGAGGUCAUGUGAUGGCACACGGCCGGAGCUCCCAGCAGCCCCCAGCACAACCCCGUGCUCAGGUGCCUUCCACGCUGCUCUCCUCUCAGGUCCCUCCAUCACUGCUGAAAUACCCCCCUAGCAACGGUGGUUUAGGCCUCUUCGGACCCCAGCAGUUGGCCAUGCUCAGUCAGCUCAACCAGCUCAACCAGUUGAAUCAAUUGAACCAACUGAACCAGCUCAACCAACUGAACCAGCUCUCCCAGUUGCAGCGCCUCCUCCUGCAGCAGCAGCAGCAGCAGCAGCAGCAGCAGCAGAAGAGAAACGUGCUAAUGGGGAAUCGGCAACAGCAAGAUCCACAGGGUCGACCUCUGGGUCCCUGUUCCCAGCUUCCCCCACGACACCUGGACCCUCCCCAGCACAAACAGCAGCACAGCUCCUCUCAAGCUUCAGCUUUUCUGAACCAGCCGACUCUGAAGACCUACCUGGAGAGCCUGGUUCCCCAGGCUGUGGCCCCCGACCCCCCGAGGGAGCAGAGCACGCUGGGUGCCUUCGCCUCCAGCUUCUCCCUGAACAGCUUCCCUGCCCAUGGGGGCCUGAGGCAGGCAGAAGCGCUGCUGCAACAAGCAGUGAGGCCCCCGCAGGCCACAGCCAGCCCGGAUAUACAUGGGCUUCUGAGUCCCACCCUGAGUAACGGCCUCGCCGGGCCGGACUCACCCCUCCAGACACGAUCCAGAAGGACCGGCGGCGGCCUAGACGGCAGCUCUGUGUCAGUGAAAGGCCUGAACUCAAACUUGAAUAUAAACACUCUGGAUCUGGGUUUCAAAGAACCGCAGCAGAGUCGCCUGAAGAAAUGGACAGCGUUGGAUGCCUCCGUGAACGCACCGCUCGAUCAAAACCCCAGCAAAUCUGGUGCUCUCUCCUCUGGGCUGAGGGGCGAGGACCCCCCCUUUAUCCCAUAUGACAUCAGAAACGGCAGUAGCUCCCCCGUCAGCCCGCCUGGAUCCGUGGGGGACGGCUGGCCCUCCCGUGCCAAAUCCCCUCAUGGUGCCAGCCAUGCCAACUGGCCGCCAGAGUUCCGCCCUGGUGAGCCCUGGAAAGGUUAUCCAAACAUCGACCCCGAAAACGACCCCCACAUCACUCCUGGCAGUGUGAUUAAUAACCUCUCCAUCUAUACUGUUCGGGACGUGGAUCACCUCAGGGACAGGAGCAGUGGGCCAACCUCAUCUCUGAACACCGCGCUGCCUUCAACUAGUGCCUGGUCAUCCAUUCGUGCCUCCACUUUCAGCGGUUCCCUCAACAGCACAGCACAAAGCACUUCAGCCAGAACGAGUGACUCCAAAUGCGCAUGGUCACCCGGUUCCGGCUCUAGCUCCAGCUCCUCCCUGGCCCACGAGCUGUGGAAGGUCCCCCUGCUCACCAGGACUGCGCCUUCCCGCCCUCCGCCCGGCCUAACCGGCCAGAAGCAGCCCUCAUCCUGGGAUGGCAGCUCGCUCCGCCUCGGCGGCUGGGCCAGCUCCGACUCCAGGUUCACCCCCGGUUCAAGCUGGAGUGAGAGCAGCUCAGCGCGGACAAACUGGCUUAUUCUGAAAAAUCUCACGCCUCAGAUCGAUGGCUCCACGUUGCGGACCCUGUGCAUGCAGCACGGCCCCCUGAUAACAUUCCACCUGAACUUGCCCCACGGUAACGCCGUCGUCUGCUACAGCUCCAAGGAGGAGGCGGCCAAGGCACAAAUUUCGCUGCACAUGUGCGUUUUAGGGAACACUACCAUUCUUGCUGAGUUUGCUAGUGAAGAGGAGGUCAGCCGUUUCUUUGCACAAGGCCAGUCCAUGGCUGCCUCACCCGGCUGGCAGGCCCUGGGUGCCCCUCCCACGCCCCGAGCCGGCCCCAUGGACGGUGCCCACGCCUUCCCCGGCCGCUCUGAUGCCGGCCACUGGAGCACCACUGGGGACCUCCAGGGCUCCUCCCUCUGGGGGGCUCCGACCUAUUCCGCUAGCCUGUGGGGGAACUCCGGGGAAGGUGAGAGCCGGGGGGUGGCUAGCCCCUCCCCCCUCAGCUCCUUCCUCCCCGUUGACCACCUGGCAGGGGGUGGGGACACUAUGUGACAUAGAACUGUGACCUCGGCGUUAACAACUAUUAACCAUAACAAUAACAACGAUGCUAAGAUAAUAGCGUUACAAAUGCGACCAAUGGCACUAGUUCAACCCUAACCCAUCCCCCUCCCAGCUACAAGAUGGUGGGGUCCCCCCGUGGAGAGAGAAAAAGUUACGCUUUUCUACACAUCUUUUCCACUUUGUUUUAGCCCAAAACAUAUCAGUUUCAAUACUUGAAUCAUGCAGGCCAAUAUUAUAAUGUGAAAGAAUACAUUUCCACUUCCAGGUAGUGCUCUUCAUGUGUGGAAAAAGGCUUCAGACGAGUUCAGUUAAUGUUUGUUUGUUCUUUCGUGUUAAUUUGAAUUCCAUUUUUUUUUUUUUUUGCGUGUUGCGUUUUUUUGCUGAUGAUGGAGAACGAGCUUUUAACUUUGCACUGAAUGUGGGUUUUCUGUAUAAUCUGCAAUAUUGAGGGGGCCGUCCGCUCCUGCAUAGUCGUUUACUCAAGGAUGUUCUUUAAAAAAAAAAAAAAACGUGUACGCUGUACUAUGCCUUGACGUACGCCCUACCUUUAUUGUGGUAUUGUGGAGUUUCACGAUCAAAAUGCUGACAUAGGAUUACCUGCUAUCGAGGAGUAAGUAUUGCACCAGUUUUGUGUUUGAACUAAAGAAUUUAGCUCUGCAACGUGAACUGUAGCCACAUGACUGGGGGUGGGGGGGAUGGCACUAUUGGGGCAGGCUUUUCAUAUUGAUUUGGGGGGCCCUUCUUGGGCCCUCUUGUUUACAGACUCCUAUGAGAGGGAAAGUGUUUGCUCUUCCUUCGUUUUAAAGUUUAAAAAAAAUCAAAUAAUGCAAAAACUUAAAAAAAAAACAAAAAAAAAACAACAAAAUCUAUAAAGUAAAAAAAAAAAAAAAGUGAGGAUGAAGACAAAGCCUUCUAUCUCUGGGAAUACUAAUCAGUGUUCGGCCAUUUGUGUGUGUGUGUCUGUGUGUGUGGGGGGGGGAGAUUUCCCCACCUUCCUUACCUUCCUCCUCUUGUGUUAAUCUAUUCCUCUCGUCUGCUAAAUUUAUGAGCAUGGAUCUCAGGAAAUGCACAGAUUCCCUGCGGAAACUCCUUGUAGGAUAAUCCAACUUUUAGCACUGACAUGAUGUAUAGCCCUGUAGAGUGUGUGUGCGCGCGUGCAUAUAUACGCGCGUGUGUGUUUGAGUUUUUUUUUUUUUUGCCGCCAAAUAAUUGCUUUAAGCCGGAUCUGUCCCAUAUACUGUCUUUUUACUGUCUGGCGACGGCUCGGCGAGAUCAGCUGCCGCCCCACUUCUCGCCCUUUGUGACUGUCGGACACGGUCCGACAACUAUGCAUCCUGUAGCCAAGUAGCCGGCGUACAGAAUCGCGCUUGUCAUGGCACCUCAAUGCGCCGUGUGCAGUUCUCACUGUCCUUGUGACGAAGGUGUUCUCCAAAAGUUUUUUUUUUUUUUCUAUUUUUUACGUUUUGGGUAACACAGAAGUCUAUCGCAUUUCAUUGCCUUGAUUCGAAUUGUCAAGUGGCUUUUAACUGUUUACAGAUAGAAUGAUUGUAACGUCUGCAGGUCGGUCCUUACCCAUAUUGACGCCGCCUCGUGUUUUUCGGCUGCUCCGGUACCUUGUCGGUAAGGCUACUUCGAGAUACCUGGCCUGUAGCUGAGAGACGGCAGUAGGCUAACAGUGGUGAAUGUAAUCUAUCGCUCGUAGUAUGACUAGACGCAUUUUAAAUAGUGUACAUAGAAGACUCAACAGACGAUACUUGCAAUAUUGGUUUAGUUACUGUGAUGCACACAUUCAGGUGCUUCACAAAGGAGGAAUAUGUAUUAAGCUGAACCAUGGACCUUAAAUGUCAGUGCCCCAGUUUUUUCUUUUAAUUGCUACAUUAUUUAAAAACAUUCUCAUUUUGGUUUUAAGUUGUUACGACCGGCUAGCCGUUUUACAGAACCUUGAGUAUUACCCAGACUUUGUAGUUGCAUGCCAGUAUUGAAACAUUAAAUGAAUCAUAAUUAAUUCUGGGUUCUGCAUUACUCUGUCCUGAAGUGGAUCGUACUAACCAGGGUGGAAGGGGUGAGACGGACAAAGCCUUGGAUUUGCACUUGGUGUUCAUGUGGAACGAGCCACAUCGUACUGUAUUUGUGUGCUCCUGAAUAGACGGGCACAGUCGCGGGGAGGUGGCCAGCCUUCCCAGGCUCUGCCGUCUGUCCUUAGUCUGUCCUCCCGGGUCUCUCGCGUAACGUGUUGAGCAUUCAGGCCUCAUCUGCUUUUACCACUUCGACUCGUGCUCUUCUGUGGGUUGUUUCUUGUUUUGUGUUUGUCCUUGUUCAUGACUCCCAUUACUACUAAGAAGCAAAUGCCCAUUUACUCUCUUUAACGAAUAUGGGGAUAACCCCCCCCCCCCCAAUCUUGUAGAGUGUCUUGUGCCCAGGGGAGCUCUGUGUGUGUGUGGAUAUACCUAUUCUUUAAGCUUUAGAGUGUGUGUGUGUGUGUGUGUGUGUGUGUGUGUGUGUGUGUGUGUGUGUCCACGGGUCACACCUCGCUCUGAUCCUGAGUUGGCUCGGCAUCACAGACCCCUGGACUGUCUCCCUUCUCCCAGAUUGCUGCUUGUCCAUAACGUGCUGGAGUUUGAGGAAAAGCCAGUGGCUCCUGCCUACUUCUUGCCUUCUGGCUUUCUGUAAACUUCAUGUUCAGCCCAUGUUUACCUAUCUAGAGCUUUUGUGUUUUUCUUUCUUUUUUUAAAUUGUAUAACAGAACCCACAGAGGAUAUGUGAGAACUUGUUGUCAUGCCAAAUUGUGGGGUGGGGGGGUCGAUUUAUACUACUACUCAUAAAAGCUGGACAAUGUUUGCUCAGUGUCAGCUGAAGAUGGCCGUUCGGAGGUAAAACACAUGCAAUCGCUAACCAAUCCUCCGUGCCCCGGAGCCAGGUGGACGGGGUGUAUCUGACUUUCAGCUUUUUGUAAUCGGAGAAUGUCAUUGUUUUUGUUUUUUUUAUAUAUAUAAUAUAUAUAUAUUUGUGAGAAGUACACCCUUGUCUUUUUCAACAGUCCCUAAUCUUUUACAAUGUGCUAAGCAAUCGACUUUACAUACUGUGAUCAUUGCUGUCUUAUUCUGAACCCCAAAAAAAGCUUUAGCAAAACCAGCAUAAAGAAAUACACAAAUGUUGCUUUGUAGAGUCAGCCUCCGUAACGAGGGACGUUCUAAGUCUAUGCAGUGUGAAGUUAAAGGCCUCUCUGCCCAGUCUGUUUGCUCUAUGUGCUCAGACCUUCAGUACAAACUGGAGCUAUGAGUCAGGCAUCAUUGAAUAUUGUGCCAUUAUUGAUCUGCGUGUGGUGAAAAUAUUGGCCAGUUGUAGCAUAAGGAGCAUUUUUAAUUUAUCUAUCCCCCCUCCCCCCCCCCAAGUCAAGCGGGUUGUGGAAAUCCAAAUUUUUAUAUAUAAAGAUGCAGUAUAUCAAAUUACGUUUGCUUACUCACUGGUCUUAUGCACACUGCUUUAAUAGACUGUUUAAUAAAUGUAUAGAACCAAUGUAUUUUACAGACUUAAUUUAACAGGAAGUACCUUUUACGCUGGUGUGUCUUCCUGGGGUGGGGUGGUAUCUGAGAAUUUUAUCCUGGGGGAACUGCACUUUUUGAAGGACAAUCCUUAUUUGUAAAGGCAUAAAUUGACUAAAGAGUGUCUCAUGCAAGGUAGAAACUCAGCUGUGUGAUGAAUGUUUCCACUUAUACUGUCUUACCCCCCCCCCGGCCCUUUUUGUUGCUUGUUUCGUUUUUAGUGCCCUUUAAUGAACAUGUAAGACAAUUUAGCUUAGAUGUCCAGUCUUUGACUAUGCUAUUAGACUGAACUGUUUGUAGAGGUCAAUGCUGAUCUGUGUCCAAAUAUCAAGCUGUAGAAAUUUGGUGCAAACCCACAAUAAAACCAAUAAGGGAACA